GUGAUUUUAACAAAGAACAUAACGCCAAAAAUGGCAUUAACGUGACACUUUUGAGAGACCGAAUAUGAAUUUACAAUAAAAAUUCUAAUACCAAUAUUCACUAGACAGAUAAGGAAUGGCUUUUCAAUUUCAAUCUCCAAUCAGAAAAAAAAAAAUAGCAAAUUGACGGAGUUGUUGGUCGGGGUAUUGUUACGCGGAGCGCGACUGUAGCGGUUCAUGCGGCCACGAGUAGUGGAGGGAGCGAGACUCGAGGAGUAGGGAUACCGUCCAGCCAACCAACGGAGCGCGGGUGAGAGAGUGGGGGGCGCGCGUUCCGUACAGUCGGGUGGCGUGCAUGGCCCGGGCUAGCGGCGGUGAGCCUUUCGAGCGCAAGUGGGGUGAGCGGAGCAGGGGAAACGCGGAUAGAUUUGGGGAGGAGAACGGCGCUCGUGCGCCGGCGAGGUAAAUCGUGUGUCAGACUCGUGGCAGAGGGGUCACAGCGUGAGGGAUUGUACGAACGAGAGACACUCGUGUUUUCUGGGCUUGGCGGGAGCGUGCAGUUGAAAAUAUUGACCGAUUAUUGAAACAAACAAUAAGAAAAAAAACAACGAGAUACAAACCUGCCUAAGAAUGAACGACAUGGAGGCAUACGGUGACGGAUACAUGGAGCCCGAGGAGGAGUGGGAACGCGAGGGAUUACUGGAUCCGGCGUGGGAGAAACAACAAAAAAAAACUUUCACAGCAUGGUGCAAUUCGCAUCUUCGGAAAGCCGGAACUGCGAUCGAUUCGAUCGAAGACGAUUUUCGGAAUGGACUGAAACUCAUGCUCUUGCUGGAGGUCAUAUCCGGCGAGACCCUGCCAAGACCAGAUCGUGGCAAAAUGCGCUUCCACAAAAUCGCCAAUGUAAACAAAGCCCUCGAUUAUAUCGCGAGCAAGGGCGUCAAACUCGUCUCCAUUGGCGCCGAAGAAAUCGUGGAUGGAAAUUUGAAGAUGACCCUCGGAAUGAUAUGGACGAUAAUUCUACGUUUCGCGAUUCAGGACAUAUCGGUGGAGGAAAUGACCGCGAAAGAGGGUCUCCUUUUGUGGUGUCAGAGGAAAACCGCACCUUACAAGAACGUAAACGUACAAAAUUUCCAUCUCUCGUUCAAGGAUGGACUCGCCUUUUGCGCCCUCAUUCAUCGUCAUCGUCCCGAUCUUAUCGAUUACAACAAGCUCAGCAAAGACAAUCCGCUCGAGAAUCUCAACACUGCUUUCGACGUCGCCGAAAAGUAUCUCGAUAUUCCUCGCAUGUUGGAUCCCGACGAUUUGAUCAACACUCCCAAGCCGGACGAAAGAGCGAUCAUGACCUAUGUGUCCUGCUACUACCACGCUUUCCAGGGUGCUCAACAGGCUGAGACCGCGGCCAACAGAAUCUGCAAGGUUCUUAAGGUAAAUCAGGAAAACGAGAGGCUGAUGGAGGAGUACGAGCGAUUGGCUUCCGAUCUUCUUGAAUGGAUCAGACGCACGAUGCCGUGGCUCGCGAGUCGUCAAACUGACAACUCACUCGCGGGUUGUCAGAAAAAACUCGAGGAGUACAGAACUUAUCGUCGCAAGCACAAGCCACCACGCGUCGAACAAAAAGCCAAGCUUGAGACGAACUUCAAUACGCUGCAAACCAAGCUCAGGCUCAGCAACCGACCUGCUUACAUGCCCACCGAAGGCAAAAUGGUCUCCGAUAUUAACAAAGCUUGGAAAGGUCUCGAAUUGGGUGAAAAAUCGUUCGAAGAAUGGUUGCUCUCGGAAAUGAUGCGGUUGGAGCGUCUGGAACAUUUGGCUCAGAAAUUCAAGCACAAGGCAGACGCCCACGAGGACUGGACCGCCGGUAAAGAAGAGAUGCUCACGUCCCAGCAUUUCCGCCAGUGCAAGCUCAACGAGCUCAAAGCUCUUAAGAAAAAGCACGAGGCUUUCGAGUCCGAUCUUGCCGCCCACCAGGAUCGCGUCGAACAAAUUGCCGCUAUUGCUCAAGAACUCAACACACUGGAGUAUCACGAUAGCGCGUCGGUCAACGCCCGAUGCCAACGUAUCUGCGAUCAAUGGGAUCGUUUGGGAACUCUGACUCAACGCAGACGUCAGGCUCUCGACGAAGCCGAGCGCAUACUUGAAAAGAUCGACGUGCUUCACCUUGAGUUUGCCAAGCGUGCCGCUCCAUUCAACAAUUGGCUCGAUGGUACACGGGAGGAUCUAGUCGACAUGUUCAUCGUCCACACUAUGGAAGAAAUUCAGGGUCUCAUGGACGCCCAUGCCGCAUUCAAGGCGACCCUCGGCGAGGCCGAUAAAGAGUACAACUCAAUCGUUGGUCUCGUACGCGAGGUCGAGUCCAUCGUCAAGCAAUUCCAGAUCCCCGGAGGACUCGAGAAUCCCUACACUACUCUUACGGCUCUCGAUUUAACGAAGAAAUGGAGCGACGUCAGGCAAUUAGUACCCCAACGUGAUGGAACUCUCGCUGCUGAACUUCGCAAACAACAAAAUAAUGAAUUGCUGAGACGGCAAUUCGCGGAGAAAGCGAACGCUGUUGGACCCUGGAUCGAGCGACAAUUGGACGCCGUAACCGCGAUCGGUCUCGGAUUGCAAGGCACGCUUGAGGAUCAAUUGCACCGAUUGAAGGAAUACGAGCAAGCAGUUUAUCAAUACAAGGCUCAUCUCGAGGAACUGGAAAAGAUUCAUCAGGCCGUCCAAGAGGGAAUGAUCUUCGAGAACCGUUACACCCAAUACACAAUGGAGACAUUGCGAGUUGGUUGGGAACAGUUAUUGACCUCGAUCAAUCGCAAUAUCAACGAAGUCGAGAAUCAAAUUCUCACUCGAGACUCCAAGGGAAUAACGCAAGAACAAUUGAACGAGUUCCGCAGCAGUUUCAACCACUUCGACAAGAAUCGAACUGGCAGAUUAGCGCCCGACGAGUUCAAAUCAUGCCUCGUCUCGUUGGGCUACUCGAUCGGUAAGGAUCGACAAGGUGAUAUUGACUUCCAGCGUAUACUCGCCAUCGUAGAUCCUAAUAGUUCUGGCUACGUACACUUUGACGCCUUCCUCGAUUUCAUGACCCGCGAAUCUACCGACACCGACACCGCCGAACAGGUUAUCGACAGUUUCCGCAUUCUUGCCGGCGACAAGCCUUACAUACUGGCGGAUGAGCUCAGGAGAGAAUUGCCACCAGACCAGGCCGAGUAUUGUAUCCAGCGAAUGCCACCGUACAAGGGUCAGAACGCACAGCCUGGUGCGCUCGAUUAUCGUUCUUUCUCGACUGCCCUUUAUGGCGAAUCGGAUCUCUAAACAAACAAACAAACAAUCGACAAAAUCACUAUUAAAAAAGGGUAAAAUAUCGGUGACGACGAUAAAACUAUUGAGACACCGAGCUUUUUUCACACGCACAAUAAUAAGAGAAUAACGCAAUAAUUCGAGAGGUCGAAAAACGGAAAUCUCGGAAGGAAAAACUCUAAGAAAUUUGUUUCUCGGUUUCGUCGUUCCAUAAAUUGCCAAGGCUUUUUUCCUUUUCGACUCUCUCUGCGCGCAGACCCCGAAUAAACGUCUCGCUCAACGCAAACGCGAAACAAUGAUAACGAGAAAAAUAUUGCUCGAAUUAACUGGAAAAAUUUCCUAACGAACUGAUCACCGUGUCACUGUCGAAAAUUCCAACAAUAAAAGGGUCAAAGUCAACUGCGUAACGCAGAAAUUCGUGAAGGCCUCCGGCUGAUUUUGUGCCAAAAAUGGAUCGAUCGGUUGAAUGAAAAAAAAAAAAAAAAACAACUAUAAUAAUGAAAAAACAUAUGCAAAAUCUCGAAAUAGAGUAGAAGAUGAAAAUGGAGGUCGUAUUUUAUCAUAUGAAAAUCAUUUGGAGGCAAUGUCGAUACGAUUUUGCCAGUGAAAUUUUGUAACACCAUUUUCAUUUCUAUUCGUUAGAAAAAAAAAGUCGAAUUAGAUAGCCACCCAAAUCCAAAGAAUCGCGAAGAUCGAAACAUAUCGAAACGACAAACUCGAUAAAACAAAAAAAAUAAUGAAAAUCACAAAAAUGCCUAUUUUUUUACGAAUCGCGGCCAUCGCGUCACGAACAAAACAAGCGAGCGAGAGAAAAAGAGAGCGAACGAGCCACUCCGUAUUUUGUAAAUCGAAUUCAAUUGGAGUCGGCAAAAUAAUAAAAAUAUAAUGAAAAAAACUAAAUGAAAAAAAAAAAAAAAAAAAAAAAUCGCAAACAAGAUCGAAAAAACGAUUGAAGAAGAGCGAAAAAUGCCUAAACGAAGCAAAUUAUUUAUUUAUUUGAUUUAUUUAUUGUCGUAACAUUAUCAUAACAAUAAUUAAAGAGAAGAGAAACGAGAGACGAAAAGAACAGAAAGAAAUGAAAAAAAGAACGAAAAGAAAACAUAACGAAUCAUCGAGACAAGGUAACAUUACGUAUUCUAUCAACUUUUUUCGUUUCAUCAAAGUAUUUAUUUUUAUAUAAAUAUUUUCGAAACUAUAUACGGGGGCCACCUUGUAAUUCACACGUCCAACUGUUGUCAUCGAUUAAUAAAGAAAGAAAGCCGCUAAUUUUAUAUUUUCUCAUAAAGAGAAAAAUGUUAGCAUCCAAAUUUUUUAUCUAAUCACGAGAAAAAGAAAAAUGAUGGCACCUGAGUUUUACGGUGGUUUACGUAUUGCUGUGUCGAUUUUACGAAUUUAAUGCGCGCGAUUUCAAUCAAUUUUCGCCACUUUACCUAUAUUAUUAUUAUUAUUAUUAUUAUUAUUAUUAUUAUUAUUACUAUUAUUAUUACUAUUAUUAACUAUAGACAGUCAUACGCUCGAGAAUCAUUGUGAGGAAAAAAUUUAAAGAGCACGAGAAAAUACAAGUUUUGUUUGGCUUGAGGCUUAAAAUGCUUUUUCUGGAGUUUUAAAAAAAGAGAGAAAGAGAGAAAAACAAGUAUUGAACGAACGUGAGAACGAAAUAAAAUUGGGAAUACGUAGAAAAUGAAACGUUCAACCAUAAAUACGUAAUAAACGUAUAUGAGAGGAGAAUAUAAAAUACGAAAAAAAUGAACAUGCGUUGUUACAGUUCAAUUAAUAUUGAUUGAAGUGGAAUAAUUGUAAUUAACGCGAGAGGGAGAAAAAGGAAAAAUGUCCCGCAUUUGUUUUUUUUUUGGUCAUAAGGAUUCUAUAUCCUGGUUUUUUUCUUUUUUCCCCCGCCUAUUUUAUUCUUCCUGUACUACACUAUCGAAAUAAACCCGAGGGAGAGAGAGAGAGAAAGAGUUAAAAAAAAAGAAUAUCGAGAGAACAACGUAAUACUGUAUACUGUGCUGUAAAACGAGAAAAAUUGUAAAAAAAAUAAUAAAAAUGCGAAGAAGUUGGAAAAAAA